CCGCCCAGCGGGCGAGGCUGGCCGGCCGCCUAGGGAACCGGCUGUCCCGCGCCCCUCUAGAGCAGAGGUCGUGGAGCUGGUCUGGGGCUACAGACGCCUAUCCCCACCCCACAGCAGCCCCCUCUCGCUGCCGCGCCCCAACUCGCGCGUGGAGCCAGGGUUGACCCACCCUCAGCCCCAGAGGUCUCUCAGGCUCCUUGGUAUCAACGAAUCUUUCCCGCGAAGGGCGUGGCCGGCGUUCCCAUUUGACAGAUGGGAAGACUUCGGCAGAAAGGCCAGCACUUGGCGGGAACACAUAGCUAGUCAAUGGCAGAUCAGGAUUUAAAUCAGGAUCUCCUACUAUCCCCUGACCCAGGCCCCGGCGUGGGGCUUGCCAUUCCGCCGCACCAGAUAACCUGCCCAUCUAGAGGGUGGGGGUGCACCCACCUCUCUCCAAGGGGCUCUGAAGCCAGGCUUCCUCAUGGGUGGUAAGAUUUGAGGGACCCCCACCCCCACCCUGGGCUGCCUGAAAUUCUGCCAUCACAGCCACAUUCCUUUGGGUUAAGGUCCAAUUCCCCCGUGGGAUGCACAUGUCUGCCCUUAGUGAUUCACUGCUCAGUAUGGGCGUCCACAGCAGCUCUCCCAGGACCCCACUGUGCCAGUGAUCCCUGCUGAGAGAAGGGGCGGGAGGAACAGCUAGAGCCCAGCAUCGUGAGCCUGUCUGCUUGUGGAUACUGGGAGUGGGUGUCAUUGGAGGGGGUCAGAGAGGGAGAUCUUGGCCUGGUGUAGGGAAACAUUUGCUUUGGAGGUAGACAGACUGGAUUCUGAUCCCGACUCUGCUAUUUACUGCCUACGUGACUUUGGGCAGAGCCAUGAGCCACCAGAUCCUGCUGCUCCUGGCCGUGGUGACCGUGGGCCUGACUACCUCCCAACACGGAGACAAGGUGUCUUGUAAGAUGGUAGACAAGGAGGUCUUGUGUCAGGGCCUUGGCCUACUCCAGGUCCCCUCCGUGCUUCCGCGGGACAUGGAGGCCCUUGACCUGUCUGGAAACCAGCUUCGGAGCAUCCUAGCCUUGCCCCUGGGCUUCUACACGACGCUUCGUCACCUGGAUUUGAGCUCCAAUGAGAUCAGCUUCCUCCAGCCAGGUGUGUUCCAGGCCCUGUCCCAUCUGGAGCACCUCAACCUGGCCCACAACCGCCUGGCGCUGAGCACUGGUGGUCUUGGCCCCCUGCCGCACGUGAUGUCCCUGGACCUGUCUGGGAACAGCCUGUACAGCGAGCUGGUGGAGCAGCUGCUGGGGGAGGCACCCGCCCUGCGCACCCUCACACUGGCAGAGAACAGCCUGACACGCCUCUCCCGCCAGACCUUCUGGGGCACACCUGCACUGGAGCGGCUGGAUCUACACAGCAAUGUGCUGAUGGACAUAGAGGAUGGCGCUUUUGAGGCCCUGCCCCACCUGGCCCACCUCAACCUUUCCAGGAACUCCCUCACCUGCAUCUCUGACUUUAGCCUCCAGCAGCUGAGGGUGCUGGACCUCAGCUGCAACAGUAUCGAGGCCUUUCAGACGGCCCCAGAGCCCCAGGCUGCAUACCAGCUCACCUGGCUUGACCUGCGGGAGAACAAACUGCUCCACUUCCCUGACCUGGCCACAUUCCCGAGACUCAUCUACUUGAAUGCGUCCAACAACCUCAUCCGGCUCCCUGCGGGGCCACCCCAGGGCAGUGAGGCCAUCCACGCACCUUCCGAGGGCUGGUCAGCCUUGCCCCUCUCGAACCCCAGCCGUAAUACCAGCACCCACCCCCUCUCCCAGCUCUUGAAUCUGGAUUUGAGCUACAAUGAGAUUGACCUCAUCCCAGAGGGCUUUCUUGAGCACCUGACCUCCCUGCGCUUUCUGAACCUCAGCCGAAACUGCUUGCACGUCUUUGAGGCUCAGCAGGCGGGCUCCCUGCCCUGCCUUGUGCUCCUGGACAUCAGCUACAAUGCGAUAGAGACACUGGAGUUAGGCUCCAGAGUCUUGGGGUCUCUGCAGACACUGCUCCUACAGGACAACGCCCUGCAGGCCCUGCCCCCAUAUACCUUUGCUGGCCUGGCCAGCCUGCAUAGACUUAACCUGCAGGGGAACCAGGUCAGCCCCUGUGGGGGGCCAGGUGAGCCGGGACCCUCAGGAUGUGUGGCCUUCUCUGGAAUCUCCUCCCUACGCAUCCUGAACUUGGUGGACAAUGAGAUGGAGACACUCAGGGCAGGUGCCUUCCUCCACACGCCACUUACCGAGCUGGACCUCUCUGCCAACCCAGGGUUGGAUGUGGCCACAGGGGCCUUGGCAGGCCUGGAGGCCUCCUUAGAGGUCCUGGCCCUGCAGGGCAAUGGGCUGGAGGUCCUACAGGUGGACCUGCCCUGCUUCAGCUGUCUCAAGCAGCUCAAUCUUGCUGAGAACCGCCUGAGCCGCCUGCCAGCCUGGACCCAGGCUGUGUCCCUGGAGGUUCUGGACCUAAGGAACAACAGCUUCAGCCUCCUGCCGGGCAGUGCCAUGGGCGGCCUAGAGACCAGCCUCCGGCGCCUCUACCUACAGGGGAAUCCUCUCAGCUGCUGCGGCAAUGGCUGGCUGGCGGCCCAACUGCACCAGGGCCGUGUGGACGUGGAUGCCACCCAGGACCUGAUCUGCCGCUUCCACUCCCAAGAGGAGGUGUCCCUGAGCCACGUGCGUCCUGAGGACUGUGAGAAGGGGGAGCUCAAGAAUGUCAACCUCAUCAUCAUCCUCACCUUCGCACUGGUCUCUGCCAUCAUCCUCACCACGCUGGCCACCUGUUGCUGCGUCCGCCGGCCGAAGUUCAACCAACAGUAUAAAGCCUAGAGAGGCUGGGGCUGCAGAACACCUCAGCCGGGAGCUAGAGGCACAGGGAAGGGUGGGGAUUGACCCGGCGUCACAGAGUGAACCAGGGUCCCAGAACCCUGGUCUCUAAAUCCCAGCCCAGGUCUCCUUUUCCUGCACCCCGCUGCAUCGUAAGGCAACCCACUUCCAGGUGGCACUUGUGAUCCAGCUGUGGAACCCGGAAGUUGUGCAGCUUCAGGAGUGAUAGAAAAUGAGGUUGACCCAUGGGAUCAACAAACCUUCACCAGACAUCUGUUUUGUGCCACACCCUGCUCUGGGCACUGGGGACACCAUCGAUGAAGGAGACACAUCCCUGCCCUCAUGCACCUCCCAAUCUGGGUGGGGAGGGGGUCGCAAAGCCAUGCAAUGACCACACAGAGUGUGGAGCCCAGGGCUCCAAAGCUAAGCUGCGCCAGCUGAGUAGGGAGAGUCCUGCCCAGCCAGGCCAGACAGGGCCGGGGAGGGUCAAGACCGAGAGGAUUCGUCUGAGACAUUUGCAAGCAGGCUAUUUGUCACAUAUUCUGAUAAUGACUUUCAGCUUCUCUGGAACAUGAAGAGCUUGUGACCGGAAGAGAACUGGAGCCACAUGAGUGCCUCUUGGAUCUAGCACGAUUGGGCGGGCUGCAGCAGCUCCAGCAGGUCCUGAUUAAGAGGCUGUCACCCUGGGCUCCGGCCGACACUGGACCAUUUCUUUUCCUGCACUGGACAGGCUCUUUUCCUACCUGGCACCCUUGUGUUGCACACACUGGCCCAAAUACUACCCUAGCCCCCACUCCCUGCCCAGGCCCCUUGCUCCAUCCCAGUCCCACCCCAACUGGAGAAGCAGGAGUUAGAGCCUUAGGGCUCUGGUUCUGUUUUGCUCCAGGCUUGGCAGCUGUAACAAACUCAAGCCCACAUCUGCCACUUUAUGACAACCCUCUGAGGUUGGUAUUUUACCCUGUUUUAUGAAAGAGGCUCCAAGUCUCCCUCCAUGGUGCCCCAGCUAAGAAAUGCCAUCACUGAGAUUCAGACUCAUCCUCCUGAUGUCAGGACCUGAGCUUUGCCACUGUGCGGGCUGCAGGCUGUCAGGUGGACAGGAAAGUGGCCCCACAUCACUGGAACAAGGCCAAGGAGCAUCCUGUGCUGUGUAUCCCCACCUGCGCCUCUCCCUCCUCUCCCCGAGGCAGGCAAAGAGGAGACAGGCAGCCACAGGCCCUCUCCUUCUCUGCCUCAGUUUCCCUCAUUCCCUCCUUUGCAGGCCGGUGUGGGUCCCCUGUUUUCUCUUCUUGCUCUUGCAUUCCCUCUUUAUCCAAUGAGCACAGCCUGGAGCUCAUUGAGUCCAACCUCCCCAUUGCACAGAUAGAGAAACUGAGGCUUAGGAAGAUAGGGACUUGCUCAGAGAUGUACAAGUUGCUGGCAGUGCCUGUGAAAACAGUCGAUUCAGACUGCAUUGGGGGUGUCGCAGGGGUGGGGUUGGGGGUUGGACCUGUGUGGUUUCCUUCCCUCACAGCUGUCACAUCACAAGAUAAUGCUGGCUCCAAAUUAUCUUUCUGGUCCUCAUCCUGCAGGGACUUUUUUUUUUUCUCCUAGAAAAAUAGGUAGAAAAAUGCCUCCAGAUUUAACCCCUGGUCCCACAUACCCAUGGACUAAUGGGCUGUCCAGGAAGAAAGGAAGCCCUGGGAUCAGCCCAUGCCCUCUUGCUGUUGUCUUCACUUCCCACCUAUGCUUGGCUGCUGCCUGGCUCAGGGUGGUGCUUGGGAAAGUGUGAAACAAUGAAAACGCCCCCCUUUCUGCCCCAUUUUACAGAUAAGAAAACUGAGCCCCAGUGAGGGUCAAGGACUCAGGGAGUCGAUGGUAGAGCCAGGGUUGGAACCUGGGGGCCUGGUCUCAGCCUAGGGCCCUGGGGGCCUGGCAGGCAGCCCAGGCCAGCCCUGGUUGGGAUCAUGACCACAGGUGCUCACUGCACACAAACACUCUUUCUCGGGCUUGGAGGCAGGUGCAGGCCCCUCCAUGCCUGAUCUUUGAAAACACUACGUAAUGCUGCUCUCACCUUCCAGGAGCCAGGCCACAGCCUAGGCCUUGGGACCAGCUCUUUGUAUAACCCACAUGAAUGUAUUAAAAAAU